AUGGAUCCCAUGGAAAAUCAACGGAUAGGCAGACCGACGCGAUCCUCGCUAGCCUGUUUACCUUGCCGGUCGCGUCACCGGAAAUGCGACGGCAAACGACCAUGUUGCAGCCGAUGCGCUGAGGGCAGCCAGGAAUGCAAGUAUGCCCGGUCGCGAAGAGGUGGGCUCGAUCGUGCGGCUCGGACAGAGCAGCACACACGAUGGGCGUCAGCCGAAUGCACUGCACCGAUAAAGAGCACGAGUGCGCCGCGGUUGAUGGAAAGUCAGCAGCUCCAGGGAUUCACGCCUCGAAUGGUCGAAGUGCACACUCAUAAUACUCACACCCUACUCGCUGGAGUCGUGAUUGGUGACGAAACAUUCACCACGGGCUCUUCGGCUGACCUUGUUAGCAUGGAGAAUGAUCCCUUAAUCGAUUCAUACUACAGGAACUUCCAUCCAUUACACCCUUUCCUCUUACCACGGAUGGCCCUGACGAGACUUUGUCAAGAUCCGUGCAAACAGCCCACUUUCAGACCGCUUAUCGCCAUUAUGCGCUUUGUCGGGAAUAUUAUGAGGUCACAAGAAUGGUCUAUUCCGCUGAAAGAUCAUGCCGAAGCCUGCUUCACAAAAGCACCGCCGACAGAUCCCAUUCUGGUCCAAUGCCGACUCUUAUACUCCAUACCUCUGUUCUGGUACGAACAUAAGAUUGACGCUAAGUGGCAAAUGGAAACUGCAAUGCGGCUCGCCAUUGACUUGCGAAUGUCUGAUGAUGAAUUCCUGGUAAAGCACGGUGACAACGAUUCGGUAGUACAGGAAUGCUGGAGGCGGACAUGGUGGAUGUUGUUCACCGUAGAUGCCUAUUAUGCGGGGACUUUGGGAACUAUGAAUUUUGAAGUCUUGAACAUCGGAACUACCGUGGCCUUACCUUGUGACGAAUCGGACUAUGAGUUAGGAGUGAGUAUGGUUAAGAGUUGCUUGUCAAGGACUAUUCCAAUCCCCGAGCCCAAGACCCUACAGGAUUUCGACUGCCGUGAAUUCACCUCCGAUGAUAUUAUAUUCUCAUCCUUCGCCUACCUUAUCGGUGCUGUACGAUGCAUAGCAUUGGCAAUAUCCACAGUCCCAAAGAUCGCCGGGAAUGAGGGUUCAACGAACGUGAUACAGGCUGCCGACUCCAUCUUGAAUGGAUGGUUGCUUUUGUUACCGGAGAAUCGCAAGCAAGUCAUGGAUAAGGCAGGAGAAAUUGAUGAGCUCAUGUUUCAAGCGCAAUUGCUCAUUCAUGUAGCCACCAUUGUCUUGCACCGGCCAUUGUCAGAUCUCAAAUUUUAUUCUGUUGAAGAAGUUUCGAGCUGCGCCCGAAAUCCAAGCCUCGAUACGCCCGCGCCGGACCUGAUAAAUGUGCACACCGUGCGUGUCCUACGCGCGGUGGAGGCACAGGUCCGGCUUAUAGCGUUACCUACUGCAAAAUUCCACCACACCCCCUUUGUCACCUGCAUGAUUAGUAAGGGUACGUUAGCGCUGCUCUCGGCUUGCAAAUCUUGCCUUGGUGGAAAAGACUUGAUGAUUGCAAGAGACCAGAUCCGAAUGACCGUCGGCUGUCUCAAGGCACUGGGCAAAGUGUGGCCAAGAACAGCAAGAAACGUGAGGGAGAUCCAGACGAUUGCUUCCCACAUCCUUGGACUUGAGUCUAGCGCGGGGAGCGACUGCCAGAGGAAUGAGCCCAGUGAAGUGCCAGGUCCUUCAGGUGGCGAAGGGCAGGGAAUUUGGGAGGCGGAUGCAGAAGCAAUUAGCGCCGGUAUUGAUAUACCACCUUCCUUAAGUUCUAUUGAGGAUCUCUGUGGAUGGUUCAGUGUUGGAGUUCCCGACUCCAAUAGCUUAGAAUUCACGGCGUAUCUAUAG